UCCUAACCCACCGUGCUGUGAACACGCCUGCCCUUUCAUGCUUGCUGGCUGGUUGGAUCUCGUGUUGAUCCUAUCUUCAGCUCUGUGCUUUCCCAUCACCGGCCCACAUCUGCAUAACUUAUACUUUACGAGCUUGCCAGUUAUCAUCUCUCUGACGUUCCCUCGCCAAAUCGCCUCAUCAACAUUCAUACUUACCCUUACAAGUAUAAUACCGCUAUCGCCUCCAUGGACACGCUAGUAGCCCACUCUCAUCACUACGCCAUGGCUUCCAUCCCUUCAUACUCUGCAUCUACCUCUACUCCAUCAUCCUCGUCUUUACAUUCGCAUUCACAUAUGCGCAACGCCAAUUCACUUUACUCGUCCUAUCCAUCCCACCAAGUGAACCAGGAGCAGGAUCAUCGCUUCUCUCCCUCCCCCUUCACGCAGCAAGGCGGAUCGGCGUUGCAGAUCCAGACGAACGCCAAUGGCGUGCACCAUGAGCCAGAGGAAGAGACUGCUCAUCCAUCGAGAAUCCCUCCUCCUUCGCUCUCAUCUCUCAGUCAGAGUCAGAUGAAUGGGAUGUCUCAAAUGCAGGAUUCGUCCAUGUCUUCCAUGCUCGACACCAUGUCCAUGUCAAAUUCGCUUCCCAUGUCCAUGCCUUCCCAUACUUCCUCUUCUCUCGCCCUCGACGCCCCAGAUUCGUUCAGCGCUCAACUGUCCUCGGCUGAUAGCAUCAGCGCAUCGUUUACGGGUCUAAGUCGACCUCUGAACCAUCAGGAACGCGAACUGCUCACGCACUUGGAUCGGCUGAAGUUCUUCUUGGCUACCGCGCCGAGUCGAUGGAGUACCGAUGUUGGAGGUGUGGUUGGCGGUGACUCGCUCCCACUGGGUCAUCCAUCCUCGACUCAUCCCGCACUCAACCGGUUCCUCCUUCCCAAUAACGAGUACGUCUCAUGCGUACUCUGGGGCGGGUUAUACCAUAUCACCGGAACGGACAUUGUACGCGCUCUCGUAUUCCGAUUCGAAGCGUUUGGCCGACCGGUACGGAACAUGAAGAAAUUCGAAGAGGGCGUGUUCAGCGAUUUGCGAAACUUGAAGCCCGGGGUGGAUGCUUGUUUGGAGGAGCCUAAGGUGAGUUUCCCGAAAUCCCUCGUUUCUCCUUUUGUCUUCGCUUUGCUCUCGUUGGUUGCCAUUUGCGGGUCAACCGGUGGGCGGCAUGGUGAACAUGUACGUAGCGGUGUUCGUGCGAAUAUAUUUGUUUGGCUUGCUACGAGUUGUUUGUGAUAGUCUUUUGAUAAAAUGGAGAGUCUGGGAGUAUUGUAGGACACAAGGGACAUGGGGAGUAUUCUAGGAUACAAGGGACAUGGGGAGUAUUGUAGGACACCAGGAACACGGGGAGUAUUACUGGGUACAGAGGGAAUAAGGAGCUCUCUGGGACGCAGAGAACACAGGGUGAUGUAGAAUACUGGGAGCACAAUGAAAUAUCCCGAUACAC